AUGGGGCCCGAGCGGAGCCGAAACCGCGGGGACACCGGGAGGGAGCGGGAGCGGCACCGGGACCGGGACCGGGACCGGGACCGGGACCGGGACAAGCACCGGGAUCGGCACCGGGAUCGGGAUCGUCCGGGACCGGGACCGGGAUUGGGAUCGGAACCGGGAUCAGAAUCGGGAUUGGGAGAGACCGGGAUCGGAAUCAGCACCGGGAUCGGCACCUGGAUCGGGAUCGUCCGACGGGACCGAAAACAGAACCGGGAACGGCCGGGAUGGGACCCGGGACCAGCGGGAACCGAUCCGGGACCACCGGAACCGAUCCGGGACCACCGGGAGGGGAUCCGGGACCACCGGAGGGGAUCCGGGACCAGCGGGAGCCGAUCCGGGACCACCGGGAGGGGACUCGGGACCACCGGGAACCGAUCCGGGACCACCGGGAACCGAUCCGGGACCACCGGGAGGGGAUUCGGGACCACCGGGAUCCUCCUGCUCCUCCUGGCAGCGGCGGCGGCGGCGACCCCGAGCACAGCGCACCCGCCGUGCCCUCCCGACCACCUGCAGUGCGGGGACCUCUCGUGCCUAUCGCGACAUUUCCAGUGCGACGGCGAUCGCGAUUGUCCCGACGGGCGGGACGAGCUGGGCUGCGCCCCUCCCCCCACGCCGCCCUGCCCCCCCUCCUCGUUCCGCUGUCGCGACAGCAGCUGCGUCCCCCUCCUGUGGCGCUGCGACGGCGAUCGCGACUGUCGCGACGGCAGCGACGAGGGGGAGGAGCUUUGCGGGACGCCCCGCCCCCCCCCGCCCUGCCCCCCCCUGCAGUUCCCCUGCGGCUCCGGGGAGUGCGUGGCCAGGAGGUGGCGCUGCGAUGGCGUCGCCGAUUGUCGCGAUAGCUCCGAUGAGGAGGGGUGCGCCCCGCCCCCGCCGUGCCCCCCCGGGCAGUUCCUCUGUCGCGACCGGCGCUGCAUCCCCGCGGCGCGCGCCUGCGACGGGACACGUGACUGUCGCCAUGGAGACGACGAGGAGGCGUGUCCUGAGGCCCCGUCGUGCCCCGGCCCGCACUGGUUCCGCUGCCGCUCGGGUGAAUGUAUCGCGAUAGCGCAGGUCUGCGAUGGGCGGCGCCACUGUCGCGAUUGGUCCGACGAGCCGCUCAAGGAAUGCGGAGUGAACGAGUGCCUGCAGGGGUCUGGGGGCUGCUCCCACUCGUGCCGGGAUCUCCCCAUCGGCUUCGAGUGCAGCUGCCCCCCAGCAAUGGGGCUGGGCCCCGACAACAGAACCUGCACCGCCCUUGCUGGGACCCCCGAACCGGAGCCCCUGAGCCGCAACCUCAGCACCGAGGGACACGCCCCCAACGGUGACCUCGUCCAACCGGGCGGGGCCAGAGGGGCGGGGCCAUGGAUGACGUCACUGGCGAUCUUGCUGCCCCUUGGUCUGUUCCUGUGCCUGGGCCUGGCCGGGCGGGCGCUGUGGCGCUGGUGGCGCCGGCGCAGCACCAACAGCAUCAGCUUCAGCAACGCCGCCUUCCGGAAGGUUCCGGAACACCUGGAGGGGGCGGGGCUUGGGGACACACAGUGGCCGCUGACCAUGGAGGAGGAGGAGGAGCCCUGAGGGGCCGAGACCCCCCCGGAGACACCUGGGGAACAUCUGGAGACACCUGGGUGCACCUGGGGACACC